AGUCUUUGGUAAGUAAGUUAAUAAUGAGAAAUUAGUCUAGAUAUGUACAGUAAAAUUACAUAGAUUUCACUCAUCUUUAAAACGAUUCAAAAUUUGAAAUCGAAUAAUCUCAUAUCAUAUGUGUCAUCUAUUUUAUACGUGACAUUGGCAGAAUAUUUUGCGCUCAAAUAGCGUAGAUACACGCCGGAAAAGGUGAAAAAAAAAGUGAAAUUAGAAGAUGGCGGUGCAAAAUUGAAACCUAUUUGUGACGGAUAUUUGUUUCAGAAAUCAAAGGAACCGAUCAUAUAAUUUUAUAUUUACAUUGUUAUAAACGACGUUUAUAUAAAAUUAAAAUAAAUGGAAAUUAAUGCAAAUAACAUGGUAAAACACAAACGAUUCUGUUGUGAUGAUGAGACUGGAGAAGUUAUCACGUAUCAAAUCAAUAAUGAAACAGGAGAGCAUUCUAUACUGAACAAAAUUCCUUCUAUAUUUUCCACCAAACAUACGAAAAAUACGUUUUUUAAAUUCCCAAAAGGAUAUAUAAAUAAGUCUAAGAAAUUUCAAGCUCUUAAAGAGAAUAUUUUAGCUGGAGCAAAUACAACAAGCCCUAGAUUGUUUCUCAUUAUACCUACUCUUAUGAUAUUUCCCAGCCUUGUUUGUGUCAUUUUAAUGUUGCUUGAAACAUUGUUACAUGUAAGGUGCCACAAAAAAAAUAAAAAUUUAAAAGAGCCAAAUUUAUAUUACAGAAGUCCUUUUCAUGUUAUAACCAGCACAUUUUGUGGCUUGUGCCGUGAUAGUGACAUGGUAUCUAAAAUAGGGCAGAUACAGGCCAAAAGAAGAUACAGAUAUGAUUAUCUUAGGGGAUUAGCAAUUUAGUCUAUUUAAUUUUCUAUACAUUUGAAAUAUGUAAAUUUAAAAUAAUUUGUUGUUAAUAAUUUAUUUUAAGUAUGGAACUUUUAUUACUAGUUUUAAAAAAAAUUAUUGAUUUGUUGUAUAGUGUAAUGUGAGUCAUAAAUUUAAAAAAUGUUUAAAAAUUGGAAAUUUGUUAAUUUUUACAUUCAUAAUAAUACUAUAACAUAUAGUAUUUUUUAACUAAGAAUCACAAGUAAAAAAAAAAGUUUUCUGUAAAUCAAUUUCAUAUUGAAAUCAAUGUAUAUGAAGUAAAUUUAUGUACUACAAUUAUAUACAGUUAAUAUUGUAUUUGCUUAUGAAUAAUUGCUGUUAAAAUCAUAAUUUCAUAUGUAUAUCAUGUACUAUCAUGAUAUAUAUUUAAAAAACAUAUGAUUAUAAACCAUAGAAUGAAAUAUAAAUAGUUAUAUAGAUGUGUCUAAGGAAAAACCUUUUUCUCAACAUUAUUUCCUUAAACCCAUUGAAAUGUAGGACAAAUGAUUUAAAACAAUUAAUUUUACACAAUCAUUACAUUAACAUUUAUUUAUUUUAUUCUAUAGUCAGGCAGACUGGCAAAUGAGCCAAUGCAACACUAACCUUGGAAACUAAGGUGUCAUGUCCCUUUUGCUUGUAGAUACAAUUUCUCAUGCACACUUCAAACCAGAACACAACAAUACUAAGUAUUGCUGUUUAAUGAUAGAAUAGGUAGGUUGUACAUAGUUUACUGGUGGUAGGGCUUUGUGCAAGGUCGUCUGGGUAGGUACCACCCACUCAUCAGAUAUUCUACCGCAAAACAGCAAUACUUGAUAUUGUUGUGUUCCGGUUUGAAGGGUGAGUGAGCCAGUGUAAUUACAGGCACAAGGGACAUAAAAUCUUAGUUCCCAAGGUUGGUGGCGCAUUGGAUAUGUAAGUGAUGGUUGACAUUUCUUACAAUGCUAAUGUCUAAGAGUGUUGGUGACCACUUACCAUCAGGUGGCCCAUAUGCUCGUCCGCCUUCCUAUUCUAUAAAAAAAAAAAAAAAAGUCCUACCACCAAGUAGGCCAUGCUCUAACUUUAGUUGACUUCAAUAUAAAUGUAUUAAAAAAUGGUAAUGUACUUAAAACUUAUUUAUUACUAUUUAUGUAGUAGUAAGUAAUUUUCAUUUGUUGGUUUUUUGCUACAAUAGUUAGGUUGUAAAAAUCAUUUAUAAGGCUAACUUUAAGAUGUACACUGCUAUUUUGCAAUCACCAAGGGUGCCUUUUGUGACACAUAGUUCUUUUGUUCAUGUUACAUUACAAAAUAUUUUUUAAAUAAUUACAUUUAUUGAAUUUCAAUACAUACUAAGAACCAUAUAGCUUACUUCUGUAGAAGUCUUUCUUUAUAGAAGUGUAUUUUUUUGUUAUCAUUAAAUAUUUGAAACCCAUAGUAAAUAUUUACUUAUUAAGAUAUUUCUUAAGACAUAAUAUCUUUAAAUUAUAUCUUCCAUAAUAUAUCACUUUGUAUAAAUAUAUCGUAUUUAAAUAACUAUUUGUGUACAAAUGUUAUGUCAAGGAUAUUUUCUAAUUUAAAUAAAAAUUAUGAAUAGUUCUCAAGCUAUGCAUAAAGGAAUGGGGUUUAGUUAAAUGGUGGCUGCAUUACUUGAUGUAUUAUGUAUAUUCCAAAAUAAACUGUCCCUGAUA